CUCCUUUUCUCAAAAAUUAUUUUUUAUUUUCAGCAUAUAUUUAUCACUCAUUUAAAUUUUUUAAUUAUUCGAUCACAGAUUUCUCGUCAGUCCAAAUACUACAUAUUUAUUUUUAUAUGAACAAUUGCCGCCUUCUUUCACUAAUUUUCGCAAUUCAGCUUUUGGCCCUCUUUCAUCAUCUCGAAAAUAAAAAAAAAGGGGAUUGACCACCCGUCACCUAUCCUUUCUUCUACAUAACAUCCAGCCGGCUAUAUACAGUGUUAGUAUUGAUGUAAAAAUAUAUUGUUUUCUUCCACUAGCUACUGGCUUCACUUCUUCACCUCUUUUUUUUCCCUGACAUUUUCCCUUUAUUUUUUUAAAAUCGCCGCACCAGUCGCCGCCACUUUUAUAUAGGAUUUUUCAACAAACUGUUUAAAUUUCAAAUAUGAAAGAUUUGGCGCCAAAAACUCGUAAAAUUGCGCAACUUUUCUUAAAUUUAUUCUCUUCACAAAUUGCAACUUUUACAUAUGAUUUUUAACGAUUACAAAGCCUCUAAUUUUUUGUUAAUGUGAGGAUUUCGUCUGACUAUGGAGAUACAUAUAUCUGAUUACAAAGAACAUAUUAAUAUUCUACGUUAUUUAAAAAAUUUAAAUGGCACGCGGACACAACAUUUACUUACAUUCCACCUUAUACAUACAUAUUUACAUAACUUCUUGGCUAACUGCCAUCACUAUCAUUUAUUUUUUCUCUCAGUUCAUUCCUUUUCUCAAUUUCCCGCGGUGAUCAGAUCAAAUUUUUUGUUCUGUUACAUAUGCACAUAUUGUGGGUAUACAUACAUAUCACGACACCCCGUUUUAUCAUUUAAACCCUAUUGGGGAAGGUUAUUUUUUAUCCUCAGAUGUUGGAACAAACUUCCGCGAUGUUGGACAACCAUCUUUUACUUCGAACAAAAAUUAAUACAAAAUAAAAUUUAAAAUUUAGUGUAGAUCAUAUGCUUUUCGAUAUAUAGGGUACUUAUUCAAUGGGUGUCGAUAUACGAAGUUCAUCCCCAUAUUACGCAUACAUAUUUCUUCACCACAACUUAAACAUAUUUUAUACUUUCCUUUUAAUGCUUAUUUUGAAGGUCAGACGAACAAACAAAGAAGUCAAUGGAGAUAGAAGGGGAGAAUAAAAAGGACUUGGGGCAAUGAAAAUAGAAGAGCAGACGUUUCCAGCGACCGGCGCAACAGUCGCAGCCUCCGAACGGCAGUCCGGAGUUCUUUUGUCCAUUCCUUUUUUCCUCUGCCAUUUUUACUGGGCGUCCAUUCAGGCCGCCUUUUACUGCCCAGCCUCAGUUGCCCAUCCUCGUUUAUACAGGCAUCAUUCAUCGAUCUUCUUUCUUAUUCAUUUUUCUUAUCCUCCAUCUUUGCCACUUGUGUUCUUUAUUUUUCAUCACUACACACAGUUCAAAAACCAAAGAUGGAAAAUUCGCUCCAAACCAAACAAAUUUAUAGCUCAAAAAAUAAUUAUUAUAAAGAAACUGAUGAGGAAAACAUUAUUUAAAAUUAAUCUUCUCCAAAAUAUUUUGUCCUGA